CUUCAAUAUGAAGAAAUCCGUGGCUGAGGCUCAUCGAAUGCUCUCAAAUACGUAUGGUGAGGCCGCAAUUAGUGAAAGAACGUGCCGAGAGUGGUUUCAACGCUUCAAGAACGAUAAUUUUGACGUCGAAGACCGGCAUGGAUCAAGACUCGUGUCAAACGCAAGAAGAAUUGGCAGGAUUAUUGGGAGUGACUCAACAAGCCAUUUCAACAACAAUAGACACGAUUAAGUGAUUUUGCAGCAUGACAAUGCUCGACCCCAUGUCGCAAAGCCCGUCAAAACAUAUUGGAAACGUUGAAAUGGGAAGUCCUACCCCACUCGCUGUAUUCACCAGACAUUGCUCCCUCUGAUUACCAUUUAUUUCGAUCAAUGGCGCACGGCCUGUCUGAGCAGCACUUCACAUCAUAUGAAGAUAUCAAAAAUUGGGUCGAUUUGUGGAAGCCUCAAAGGAUGAAGCGUUCUUCCGACGCGGUAUCCAUAUACUGCCAGAAAGAUGGGAAAAAGUAGUGGCUAACAAUAGACAAUACUUUGAAUAAAACCGUACGUACCGUUCUUUCACAAUAAAUGCGUUUUUCAAGCAAAAAAACGGACCGAAUUAAGUUGUACACCCAAUAAUAUGCGAGAAAUAUGUCAUCACUCCUUGUGUUUUUUACAAAAUAUUUGUUAUAUUUAAAUAAAUCUCGACUCCCCUCUCUUGUACAUAUAUAAAGUAUGAGAAGCCUGCAGCAGCCUUUUCUAACAUGGAUGUAGCUCUCAGGAAGGGUGCAUUGAAGAAGCCUUCAAAAUGCGUGUUUUACGUCUAAUCGAAUUAGGCCUGUCGUGCACUGGCUUGUUUCUUCUGCUGAUAAUCAUUAAAACGUGAACGUUUGCGACGACCGUUACGCGAUAUUUACCCGUCAUUGAAAUUACGUGCACCGUCGAAUUAUCUAGACAUUGCGUUGCUUUUUAAUUAAAGUCACUCGCAUACCAUGGAGGUAUUGAUAGAUUGUUAUUUCGACAGGCUAUUCUCGGAAAUGGAACGCAGUUGCUUAGCCUCGCGAUACAAACGUCGCGAGUUGGUCAAUUAUUUUACGGAUGUGAUAAACAGUUGUGCAGAAGCGGAAAAUCUCGACAAACAGGAUGUGUGCGAGAGGAUCGUCUUUUCGGCUCUGCGUUAUCACAAUAUCACGAUGAUGGAGAACGGGUCGAUCUGUCUGCUCGGCAAGUUCCACAACGUUCUGUACGUAGCGGCAAAACUCUGCUACGACUGGAAUAUCGACAACAACGUGAUCGUCAGCCGACUGCUAAACGACAUAUUCUACUGCGAGAAGACGUUCGAGCGAUUGUUGGUCGGGGCGAUUUUCGGUACGCGCGUAACGCAUUUUCUGUCCGGCUGGAAGUGCGACUUUGACGAUCGCGAGGAAAACAUCCGGGCACUGGUGUACUUCUUGGAUCACGCGAUUAGCGGCCGGCUCGAGUACCGUUGCGAGUCCUCGCCGAUAAAGAGACGUUUCAUCGACGUGCCCAUGGAGUCGUACGGACAGGUUCUGCCUCUGAGGGUCGCGAUCCAACACGGCGCGCCGGACAUCCUGUUGAUUAUGCUGCGCUACGGCGCGUCGGUCGAGUCCGACAACCUGGCCCCGUCGCCGAUGGAGAUCAUUCUAACGAAACUCAGCGAGUUCGAGGCACAUCCCGGCGAGGAGGAAGUGGUUUACCCGGAGCACUUGCUGACAUGUCUGAAAUUGCUACUGCGAACCGUCACCUCCGCCUGUGUCAGAACUCCCGAUCACAUCGCCGCUCACAGCGGGAUCUUCAGCGUACCUUUGUACGAGCAAUAUCCCAAUCUAACGAAUCGAAAUCUAGUACCUCCGGAACGUAGCGGAAUUCGUCCGGCGGAACUCCGGCAUCUGUGCCGUUGCCGAAUCCGCGAGACCCUCCAUAGCAAUUGGGCGCUACCUCAUGGAAUCAAGAAACUGCAGAUUCCAGAGUCUCUGAGAAGUUAUCUGGAUCUGCUGCAGGAUUGAUGGAAAAUCUCGUUCGCAGUGGUCAUAAAACGAUCGGCAUCGACCGUUUCUUUUUGUCCCGGUAGUGAAUUUCAGAAGUAUUUUAUCAUACAUUCAUAUGUAGGUAUGUUUUAGAAAUUCACUGUGAUUCGAUAAAAUGCGCUUUCUACCGGAUUCGGCUGCAGAAUUCAGCAAAUGCGCGCGGCGAAGUCUUUUAAAGUCGCCGUAUAAGUUCGAAUCUUCGAUAUUGAAGUUCGGCGAAAUAUAUAGAGAAAGUGAAGCGAAACUAUGACGGAGACUUUGAUAGAUGUGAAUCCUAUAUCUAAAUGUAUGUCGGACUUUAAGCGGAAUUUUUGAUGUACGAGAGCGAAAUCGCGCGAGACAUUCAAGUAGGUCUAAGGUCUAAGGUUUAAGAAAAAUUCAGGUUAAAAGAUCGGGUGAUAGUGCCUUAUAAUAGCACUGUGUUAAUGAAUCUUGGGAAUUAGAGAGAUACUUUGUCAGGGACACGAGUACACUCGUGAGUGCGAGUAUCAGAAACAUUCAAGAAUAACGGAAAGUAUGUCGUGAGACAACGUAAUAUGUACACGUUCGGGAAACCGAAGUUGCGAUCCAUUAGCAACUUUCUUUAAUCUGAGAAGAACCGAAUGAAAGAGAGAGUACGGUAGAAACAUUUGUAUAUAAAACAUAAUUAUAAAAAUAAGAAACCGAAUUUUGA